GUUCCUCAGAUAUGAUAGUGUAGUGCUCUUACUGAAUAUUUGAAGAAUAAAUUCUACACACAAGUGCUGAUGUGAAAAAACAGGUAAGAGAAAGGCAAAAUAACAGUUAAGAAAGGCAAUCUUUACAAGUGGACCAAAGGGAAUGAAAAAAAAAUCAUGACAGAAAUGCAGGAAACCCAGCAAAAAAUAAACUUCUGCUGUAGAACAGAAAUAAAUAAAUGUAGAAAAAAAGUUAUAAAAUUACAAAGUCAGAACAUAGGAAGUAUUAAAAUAAAAAAACACAAAGAUGCAAGUGCUUAGCUACUAGCAUGUUAUUAAUAUCUGUGGUUAUUUGCUAUUUGAAUAAUAAGUAGCACAAUGUUAGCACAUUAUUUACCUUAGUUCAGGACAGUAAGUCAUAAAAAUACCAUUUUUUAAAUAAACGCACUUCAGGAGUGAAACUAUAUUAAGAGUGGAGAGAGACCAAGGAAUGGAGUAGUAUGCGGGCAAUCAGAACAGCAGAUAAGGAAUUUGUGAUUUGCCAUAAGGUUAUAUGUAGACACGUUGCAGCUACAGAAGCUGACAAGGAAUUCUUUUAAACACCAAAAACAUAUGAGAAUUAUGAAAAAUUCUGGAAUUUUGUAUGUGUAAAAUAUUUCACUGAAUCAAGUCUCCUUUCCUGUGGUUUUCCCUUCUGCCACUUUUCCAGGGACUCAGCUCUUUCACCAGGUCCCCAGUUCUGCCUGUCUGUCCCCCUCCAUCCCCUCCUUGCACCAGUUUAUCCUCCCUGCACAAGUUCUGCCCAUCCUUCCCCUCCCAUUCUGAUAGCAAAGAAAGGUACAGCUGGUGCAGUGCCUUCAGAAGAUGUUAUAGAGCAUGCUCAGAUCGCUGGGCAUACUCAGUUGCAGGAAGCUGUGUCUGACACUACGCCUGAAACUCUUCACUCCCUCGCAAGCUGCACGGCAUAGCUAGUCCAGAACAAGCCAUCGUUCUCACCAGCAGGGGCUCAGAGCAUCAGAGCCUCUUCUCUCAUGGAAUGAAAACUUCCAUCCAGCACAAGGAGUGAAGAGAAAGAUAAAAAGCAUGUCGGAGUUCUGGUUAAUUUCUGCACCGGGGGAUAAAGUAAAUCUGCAAGCCCUGGAGAGGAUGAACACAGUGACAUCCAAAGCCAACCUGUCCAGCAACAAUAAAUUCCUCAUCCCAGACCUCAAGGUGGGGACAUUGGAUGCUCUUGUUGGUCUCUCAGAUGAGUUGGGAAAACUUGACAGCUUUGCUGAAAGCGUAAUAAAGAAAAUAGCACAGUACAUAGGAGAAGUUAUGGAGGACUCAAAAGAUAAAGUCCAGGAGAAUCUUCUGGCCAAUGGAGUUGACCUAAUUAGUUACCUGACCCGGUUUGAGUGGGACAUGGCCAAAUAUCCCAUAAAGCAGCCACUGAAGAAUAUUUCAGAAGCAUUAGCAAAGCAAAUCACACAAAUAGAAACAGACCUGAAGUCCCGAACAGCAGCAUACAACAACAUCAAAGGAAAUUUGCAAAGCCUGGAAAGAAAAACUGUGGGAAAUCUGUUGACUCGUACUUUAGCUGAUAUAGUGAACAAAGAAGACUUUGUGCUGAAUUCAGAAUAUCUCAUCACUCUUCUCGUUGUAGUUCCAAAGUCAAACUACGCACAAUGGCAAAAAACAUAUGAAUCCCUCUCUGAUAUGGUAGUGCCUCGAUCCACAAAAAUGAUUGCUGAGGACGCAGAGGGAGGACUCUUCACUGUGACAUUGUUUAGAAAAGUAAUGGAUGAUUUCAAAGCCAAAGCCAGAGAAAACAGGUUCAUGGUCCGAGAAUUUUAUUUUGAUGAGAAAGAACUGAAAUGUGAAAAGGAAGAAAUAAUGAAAUUAGCUUCUGAUAAGAAACAACAAUAUGGGCCACUACUGCGCUGGCUGAAAGUGAACUUCAGUGAAGCAUUUGUGGCUUGGAUUCACGUGAAAGCCCUGAGAGUUUUUGUUGAAUCUGUCCUCAGGUACGGCCUACCCGUGAAUUUCCAGGCAAUGCUGCUGCAGCCCAGCAAGAAGUCUGUAAAACGCCUGAGAGAUGUUCUUAAUGCAGUCUUCAAACAUCUGGAUGAAGUAGCAGCAGCAAGUAUAAUGGAUAUGAGUAUGGACAUUCCUGGUUUACAACUGAGCAAUCAAGAAUACUACCCUUAUGUCUAUUUCAAGAUCGACCUCAGUCUUCUUGAUUACAGUUAAGAAUUAAAAUCAAGCUUGACUUACUCAUGUGCAAGUCCCCAGUGUCCCAGUAGAGUUAUGCUCUUCAGCCAUUAACAAUCAAAUUAAGAAUGCAGGCACCUGCUUAGCUGGAUAAUUUUAUAAGAAUUCUUUUGCAUAUGUAGCACAGUAAUAUAAAAUUGUCAAUCUACUCCACUUUGAAAGUAAAGUGUUUUACUAUUUUAUACUGUCUCUUGUAUAGUUAGAAAACAUAAUUCACAAGCAGGUGGAUUUUAUUUAUUUAUUUUGUAAGUUACAAAGAGGGGAUCAUCAUCUUUACUGGAAUUUAAAAUAAAAUCAAAAGUUAAAAGUCUGGUGGUUAGUGGAUUAACUAGCAGUGUACAAUCAGGUUUUGGCAACAGAUUUGUUUUUCAGCUCUAGUUUCAGAUGUUACUAAUCCAACAGAAAGUGAGGAAAUCCUGCUCUUAACCUUAAAACCAGACAGGGUAAAAUUUUCAAAGGCUCCAAGUGCCUAAGUCACUUUUGAAAACACUUUAGAGCCUAAGGGCUUGUCUACAUUUAAAAUGCAUCAUCAGCAGCACAGCUAUACCAAUGCAGCUGCGCCACUGCAGCACUUAGUGGAGAUGCAAUCUCUGCUGACAGGAGAGCUUCUCCUGGCAGCAUAGGUACUCCACCUCCCUGGGAUUAUCCCAGAUCCUUUAGUUAGAAUUUAAUUAUU